CAAUCGGUAAGCAUUUACGAUUUCUCAGUUUUCAUCAUGGCGCCGAUAGCUACAUACGUGUUUUUAGAUUUAGAGACUACGGGUCUCCCAAAACUUGAUAAUAAUAAAACACGAAUUACUGAGUUAAGUAUGGUGGUAGUGAAAAGACGGCACCUUCUGGACACCCGGCCGGGGGCCGUGCCGCGCGUGCUUGACAAACUGUCGAUGUGUUUCAACCCUGGAAGAAUGAUUCACCCAGACAGCACCGAAAUCACUGGACUCAACAAUGACCUCCUGGAGCACAACACGCUAUUUAACUUGAAUGUGUUUAAUACGAUUAACUCGUUUCUACAGUGCCUAGAGAAACCAGUUUGUUUGGUUUCGGAAAAUGGCCAUUCAUUUGAUUUUCCAAUCUUGAAAAAUCACUUUGAGAAGCUCGGAGUGCAGUUACCUGAUGAUAUCUUAUGUGGGGAUAGCCUCUAUUCAUUCUAUGAUAUACUUGAGCCAUCUAAAGGAGCGGGUAGUACUGAAGGGAACAAGUUGGCAAUUGUCAAUGUUGCUGAAAAUGGUGACAAAGAAAAGGAAGUGAAACUGUGUGAUCCGUCACGUGAAGCUUCACCAAAAUGUGAGGAACAAAGUGCAAAUGUUGAAAAUUCUCAAUCUGAAGAACUUAUAACAGAAGAUGUAAUGAAACAUUUUGAUGAAUGUGAUGAUUUGAAGUUUCAACAGAUAAUGAAAGAGCAGAAUAAUAGAACACCAGAACAGAAACCUAUAAGACAAACAUUGACAAAGAUCAAGAAGGUUAAACGGAGGAUAUUUUUUGAAAACAAACCAAAACCUACACGCUCAUAUAAGCUGAAGGAUAUAUAUGAGAGAGUGUUGAACCGUCCUGCGAAUGAGGCUCAUCGGGCUGAGAAUGACUGUCUCAUGGCAAUGGAAAUAUCCAUCAGUAUGGGACGGCAGUUUGUGGAGUAUCUGGACACCGAGAAAAAUCAGUGCAAGUUCAGUGAAAUAAAGGCUAUGACUCCAGGCGUGCCACUGGGAGAUUAAUUCUAUGCCAAUGGUGGAAAUGUUAUAUUUCUACAUAAUUUUCAUUUACUACAAUUUUAUUAUAUUAUUUUUUAUAUAGAUAUUUUGAUAAGUAUUCAAUGUUAAGUACAUACAUGGCACAAAUCAUGAAGAGACUGUCUAUAAUGUUUAUUGAAUUAUUUUGGUAUUUUUCUUUUGUUUUAAAUUUUGAAAAAUAUAUUGUUUUUGUUGCAUGUUACACUAUACUAUGUCACAACAGUAAUAAUAUCAUGAGGCACUGUUUAUUUAACUUACAGGUAAUUUUUAAAAUGAGAUUAUUACAUCAAAAGAAAUUAUUGAUCU